CAGGUCCCAACCGCCGCCGGGGCCUCUCUGCUCCGCCCCGCGCAGCGCAGCGCAGUCCGCCCGGCCCCCUGGCCGCCUGCCCCUGCCCCUUUCCCCUGCCCUCAGCCCUCCGAGGCCCUAGGACCUGCGGCCGGGGGGAGGGGGUGAGAAGGAGGGUGCGGAGGGCGGGGGGGAGGCCCGAGCCCGGCAGGCUGGAGGACGCUCUCCUCCACCCACCCUGCUCCUCCCCUCCCUCCACACCCCUCCCCUCUCCCCGCCGGCCAGGGCCAGUUCCUCCCUCCCGGGCUGGGGCUGCGGGGAUGGGAAGCUGGCGGCCGCAGAGGCGGAGAAGCCGUUGCGUUACUGACGGAGGCGGAAAAUGGCGGCGGCUCGCUUCGAUGGAGUCCAAAUGGCGCCGGGACCCCUGGGGGGAGGGGGGCGCGGAGGGGAGGGUCUGGGGGUCUGGGAAAUCGAAUUCCCUAGAUUCGCUUUAGCGGUGCGUUUUGUGGAAGGGAGAGAGCUGGGGGCGAGGAUGCUGAUGUCUCACCUUCUUUACCACCACCUCCACGUCUUAUUUCCUCCCCCAUUGCUUUUCCCAUCGGAGGGAGGCCUCCAGUGUCCGUUUAACUGGUGUGCCCCCCCCCCCCCCACACACACACACACACACAUACACUCUCCGACUGAAUUGAUCACGCCGCUGUCCUCAGGACAAGGAGCUGUCCGCCCGGGACCUUGGCUACUGAGCCGGGUAACACCGGGGGGGCCGCCCCGAACGGGGAAGAGGCCAGGGCCUCGUUAACUUAUGCUCGGCUGGGCUAGGGGGUCUUCCCUCACAUCGUCCUUUGUCGGAUCCCCCGUAGUUCUCUGAACUUGGAGCCGCUGCUGACUUUUAAGUUAACUCGAGAGAAUCGGGACGUUUGAUUCCUGUUCAAUGAGAAAUGGGGGUAGAAACGACCCUUCCUCGACCUGUUUUUCCUCGAUUUGCUGUUCUCCCCACCCCCACCCCCCACUUUGUUGCUUAGAUUAGAGGGUUCGGAGAAUGUAGUCCAGACUCCUAUUGUGUUGAGAAAAAUGAAUGAACUAUUCUCCUUUCUGACUUUUUUUUUUUUAAACUUCCAUUUCUGAGAAUUGAAGAUGCCACUUGUUGGUACUACUUGUUGUGUAUAUGUGUGUGUGUAUGUAUAUUUCAUUAAAAAUCAACGCAUUAUUUCAAGAAAGUUGUUUGCAGUCCGUUAAAAUUAAAUAACUUGAUGAAAUAGCAUUUUAGUUAUAGCCCGGGAUUUCUAUGUCGUUUUUCAUUUGGGACAAAUAAAAAUCUGUGUUAAGGUUGCCCCUUGGCUGGGAGUGGCAGGCCGUGGCAAAGUGAAAGGAGAACUGAAUGGAUCUGCACUUGGAAAACCUGGUUUGGAUUUGGAUCCUCCUCCACUUCUUUUCAGUAGACCCAGAAUCGUCCCAGGAAUGGCUUCUAACUUCUGGGGUCUCAGUGUUGUCUCCUCUGUAAAUUGGAAGAGUUGGACCGAAUGACCUGUAAGGUCUUUCCAGCUCCAAUUCUAUAAUGAGGCAGUUUUCCAAAACGUCUGCGCAUGAAACAAAAGAAUGGUCCAGAAAUAGAAACAUGGAGGAAACUCAAUCUGGUUAACAUGAAGGUAAUGCUACUGGCAGAAGGAAAGCACCUGGAAUCCUUGGCAAGGGCAAUAACUGCUUCACCUUUUGACUAGAUUUGAGUAUGAGCACAGUUGAAGAAGAGUCUGACACAGUGACAGUAGAAACUGUGAACUCUGUGACUUUGACCCAGGACACAGAAGGGAACCUUAUUCUUCAUUGCCCUCAGAAUGAGACUGAUGAAAUAGACUCAGAAGAUAGUAUUGAACCUCCAAAUAAGAGACUGUGUUUGUCCUCUGAGGAUGACCAGAGUAUUGAGGAUUCUACACCCUGCAUAUCAGUUGUUGCAGUUCCACUUUCAGAAAAUGAUCAGAGCUUUGAGGUGACUAUGACCGCUACCACAGAGGUGGCAGAAGAUGAGAUUACUGAAGGAACAGUGACACAGAUCCAGAUUCUACAGAAUGAACAGUUGGAUGAUGUGUCUCCCUUAGGCAAUGAAGAAGUUUCAGCUGUUAGUCAAGCUUGGUUUACCACUAAAGAGGAUAAGGAUUCAUUAACUAAUAAAGGGCAUAAAUGGAAGCAGGGAAUGUGGUCAAAGGAAGAAAUUGACAUUUUAAUGAGUAAUAUUGAACGUUAUCUAAAGGCACGUGGAAUAAAAGAUGCCACAGAAAUCAUCUUUGAGAUGUCAAAAGAUGAAAGAAAAGAUUUCUACAGGACUAUAGCAUGGGGUCUGAACCGGCCUUUGUUUGCAGUGUAUAGAAGAGUCCUUCGCAUGUACGAUGACAGGAACCAUGUGGGAAAGUAUACUCCUGAAGAAAUUGAAAAACUUAAGGAGCUCCGGAUAAAGCACGGCAAUGACUGGGCAACAAUAGGGGCGGCACUUGGAAGAAGCGCAUCCUCCGUCAAAGAUCGAUGCCGGCUGAUGAAGGAUACCUGUAAUACAGGGAAGUGGACAGAAGAGGAGGAGAAAAGGCUGGCAGAAGUAGUUCACGAACUGACAAGUACUGAGCCAGGUGACAUCGUCACACAGGGAGUAUCCUGGGCAGCUGUGGCUGAACGAGUCGGGACCCGCUCAGAAAAGCAGUGUCGCUCAAAGUGGCUCAACUACCUGAACUGGAAACAGAGUGGAGGGACAGAGUGGACCAAAGAGGAUGAAAUCAAUCUCAUCUUGAGGAUAGCAGAGCUUGAUGUGGCUGAUGAAAAUGAUAUAAACUGGGAUCUACUAGCCGAGGGAUGGAGCAGUGUUCGUUCACCACAAUGGCUCCGAAGUAAAUGGUGGACCAUCAAAAGGCAGAUAGCAAAUCACAAGGAUGUUUCAUUCCCCGAUGGUGAUGUCGGCGAAUCAAUGUUCUUUUUGUCUACCCAUCUCCCUUCAGUCUUGAUAAAAGGUCUUAAACAGUUGCACGAGAACCAAAAAAACAAUCCAACACUUUCGGAGAACAAAUCAGGCCCCGGAGUUCCAAACACUAAUACCAAUUCAAGCGUUCAACAUGUUCAGAUCCGAGUUGCCCGCUUGGAGGAGAAUACAGGCAUCUCUCCAAGUCCCAUGACAGCUUUGCAGAUUCCUGUCCAGAUCACCCAUGUUUCUUCAACAGAAUCCUCUGCUGCUUCUGUCGAUUCUGAAACCAUAACACUAAAUAGUGGUACACUACAGGCGUUUGAGAUUCUCCCAUCUUUCCAUUUACAACCUACUGGAACUCCAGGCACCUACUUGCUUCAGACAAGCUCAAGCCAAGGCCUGCCUUUAACACUGACUGCCAGUCCUACUGUGACUUUGACAACCACUGCUGCACCUGCUUCACCAGAGCAGAUUAUUGUACAUGCCUUAUCUCCAGAGCAUUUGCUGAACACAAACGACAAUGUCACUGUACAGUGCCACACGCCAAGUGUCAUCAUUCGAACUGUUGCCACUGAGGACAUCACUUCUUCUAUAUCCCAGGCAGAAUUAACAGUAGAUACUGACAUUCGAUCGGCUGAUUUAGCAGAUCCUGCAGAUACUUUUCCAGAUGAAAUCCAUCACCCUAAACUGACUAGUGAAACCCCACCAUUCAGUGACGCUUGUGACUCCAAGUUUAGUGACCAGAAUAGCACUGAACUAAUAGACAGUAUGAUGGUCAGAACAGAAGAAGAAAUCUCUGUGUCAGACCUCAAGCAAGAAGAGGAUUCUCCUUCUGCUUUAGCCAGUGCUUAUGUCACAGAGGACCUGGAGUCUCCUACUAUAGAGGAACAAGUUGAUCAGUCCACAAUUGAUGAUGAAACAAUACUCAUCGUUCCUUCACCACGUGGUUUCAUCAGGACAGCAGAUGAUAUAGAUAAUGAAUCUGUCUUGCCUCUGACAACACUAACAGAUCCCAUACUACAUCAUCACCAAGAAGAGUCACAUAUUAUUGGAUCAUCUUUGGACAGUCCAAUUUCAGAAGACUCAAAGGAUGUUGAAGAUUUGGUCAGCUGCCAUUAAUAUUACCUGCUCAGUAACAAGGCAGUUUGAACAAGGAAGCUGCUCUUCAAAACCCUGUGCUGGUACCACUUCCAGAAAAAGAGAACCCUACAGUCACAGGCUUAAUUACCAUCCUUCUCCUUUUAAAAUAGCUACAGUGCUUAAGCUGUGUACUCUGUUGUUGCUAUUGAGACUUUUUACCUCAUUGGUACACAACUGCCUGAGGCCCACUUUAACUUACAGUAUGAGGGUUCUUGGUUGUGAAGAUCCGUUACAUUUAACGUUGCCAGUUAAGCCAUCAGCAAGGGAUUUUGCUCACUUCAUAUGUCCUAACAAAUUAGAACCACCACAACCUGUUUGCUCCUUCAGUGAGCAAAGGUGCUUAACUAUGAGAACAGUCAGAGGAGGAUUUCUUUUCAGUUUCCAAGUUUGUAUUUGGCUAAAUUUCAGAGAAAAAGGUUGCAUAUCUGUGUGGUUUAAAGGAUACUAAUAGCCUCAUACAGAAAUACUAGGUAUUUCUACCUAUUUUACUAAUGUUUGGCAUCUAGUUGGGACAUUUUUUUUUUUUUUUUUUUUUUUUAAGAUUACAUUUUCUCAUGAAGGCUUCCGGCUGGCCCACUACUAGUGAUGAGAUUUGGGUUUGGUCAUAAAA